GUUUGACUACGAGGGUCUCGAAACGCGCGUCGUCGACCAGCGACCGGCGCCUGGAUGGAUACCCGUUCUGAAAUAAUUAUAAUCACCAGAAAAGUCGGGGGAGGACUAUUUUCACUUGGAAACAAUGCCAUCUACCUGUCCAAGUGAAACCGAUGUCACUACUGCUUGAUUAAGAUGUGAUUAAGAGAAGAAACUGGAGCUUUUGAUCGAAAUUCUAAAAUUCUAUCAACGGCAGAGCCCUGAUAGUCUAAUGAGGUGCACGAAUUCACGCAUGGUGUCUUUCGAGAUCGAAGGCGGUAAUUUCUCGAUUGCCAGUCUUGUAGUCGAACAUCGUGAUGUCUGGUCGAUCCGCUCGUCCGCGAAGACCACAGACAAAUUGCAGCACUGCGCUUGCAGCGGUAGCGGGCGACAAAGUCAUCAGCGCCGGUAUGGAGCGGGUUGCUACUGCGUUCUUCAUGCCACAAUAACGGAUACCGCCCCAGAGAAGGGUACGUGCAAUGAGCGACGCCGAAUCGAGUGACAGCCGUCCGGCAUGUUCGGAGUCCCCGGACGGCAUGUCAGGCUCACCGUGUACUUCGAUCAGCGGCGGCGUCUCUAGUCCGGAGCUGGCGCAAGCUCGGACGUCGCACUCCAACAGCAACAAUUGCCGCGACGCGCGCAAAAGAGCCGAGAAGCAGCGGCGGGACAAGUUGAACGCGCACAUCAACGAUGUGGGCGCCAUGCUGCCGCUGGUCGUGCAGUCGCCCAGGAAGGUUGACAAGACCGGCGUACUGCGACAUGCUGCGCAUUACAUACGGACGGAGCACGUUUUUGGCAACAGCGGGAGCAAAGCUCGCCAGACUAUGAGCACGGCCGCAGUGCGAGCCUUCGUGGAGGCCGAGUCCGGCAUACUGUUCACGGUCACCUGUCGCGGACUGAUCGUAGCAGCCGAGAACGUCGAACAGAUGCUGGGUCACUGCAAGAACGACCUUCUUGGACAAAGUCUUCUAACGAUCACUCAUCCAGAUGACCGGGAUUUUUUGCGUCAGCAGUUGCAGCCCCCAAAUCUGCCACAGCUGCCUGGAUAUAGACCGCAGCAGCAAAUUAAACAUUUGCCAGGAGAAAUCGAUGAAGUUAAAAAUCACGCAAGGAAUCAGAUUGGCACACAAGAAGAAAACGACGAAGAUUCACUCGAUAAAAGGCUCAUGGAGGAAAAGCGGAGUUUUCAUAUCAGAUUAGCGAGAGCGGGGUCCCGAUCUGAGGCGACCACCUACGAGAUGAUGAAUAUAAUGGGCAGUUUCAGGCGCGCGGACAAAGCGCCGCGGCCCUCCUGCUGGCAGUCGCAGAUGGUAAGCAAACACAAGCAGCAGAGCAGGCAGCGCGACACGGCGGAGGACGCGUGCUCCUACGCGAAUGACCUGGUCUUUAUAGGGAUGGCGAGGCCGACGAUCAGGCCUCCGGCUGGGGAUAGGAUUCUGGAAUCGCUGAAGCCGGAGUAUAGGACGCGUCAUCUGAUUGACGGCAGGAUUGUUCAAUGUGAUCAGAGAAUUAGCGUCGUUGCGGGAUAUCUAACUAAAGAAGUAGCGGGAUUGUCGCCAUUUACGUUUAUGCACAAGGAGGACGUGCGUUGGGUUAUGAUCGCGCUGCGUCAAAUGUAUGAUCUCAGUAAACCUAUGGGCGAAUCGUGUUACAGACUGGUGACGCGUUCUGGAGAAUUUAUUUAUUUAAAAACGACUGGUUUUCUUGAAAUAGAUUCCAAGACGCAUGCCGUACAAAGUUUUGUAUGCAUAAACACAUUGCUUGAUGAGAAAGAAGGUAGAGCACUUGUCCGAGAGAUGAAAGAAAAGUACUCAGUCAAAAUGAUGUUACCCGCUCCGCCUGAACCGCCCACGACGACGCCCGAGUUAGAAGAUCCUCAUCAACUGGAAGAAGCCAUAAUGCACCUCGUGAGUCCUUUGCCCGGAGAAUCGCGCAGAACACCAUCGCCGACGGUCGCUCAGAGUGGCAGCGGAGCGGAUGUACCUCAUUCGUCUCGUGCUUCCCUUUUAGAGAUCAAACCGCCUGAUUUAGGCUCAAUAAAAAGUUCAAUACACAAAAGCGUGGAAGUGAUAAGCUCAGUGCACUUGGCGAGUCCCAAACCGAGCCCAGAAGCCGACAGCCCGCGCCCAUCCGUACUACGCAACGUCGUUCCCGAAGAGAGCCCGAGGUCGAAUGGUAACAUAAAGCAAGAACUGUUGUCGCCUGCACCGUAUUCGUUACCUGAAGAUUACGCGGAUCCUCCUUUUCCGCUCGAUGAACUAGGCAACAUUUUACCAGAUAGUGAUGUGACAAGAACUUUGAAAAAACAAAAUGGUGUCAAGCGAACUAAUAAUGAUCAAGUGGCCAGUGCAGUGAACAAACGUCGCAUUAUAUCCGGUAACGAUAGUCAGAGUAAGGAUAUUGAUUUAAGUUUAGACUGUUUUCAAUACGACGAUUCGGUUGUUUUAUGUGAUGAUAUGGAAUGCUUAGAUGAAGGAAUAAUCUGUUCAGAUGAUGGACAAAAGUUUCAAAACAAUGAUCUGUUUUAAACUACUUCAGAUUGAUUUAAAACACUGUUCACAUUUGUACCUACUUUUUUAAUUUACUUUAUACAAACACUAGAUGUGCAAUAAGUUUAAAAGUAACUAUAAAAUUUGGUGAUUAAAAGAAAUGUGUGUUUUUGAAUAUAUUUUUGGAUAUAAUAAUCAUUUAAAGGCAUAAUUUCAUAAUGGCAUAUAAUUUUAUCAACAUCGCAUCCAUAUCAAACCGUCCAAUUCAUCAAAUGAUCGAAGAAAUCUAAUCAGAUAAAACUUAAAGCUGAAUUACAAGUCCACUCGAUACACAAGCAGAUUGCAGCGGCUGCAACAUAUCUUAAAGAUGAGGUGAAUUGUUUUAGUUGUUAUAUUCUGGAUAAUGUUAUUUGAAAAAUCACGAUUUAGCUAUUUUUGCCACAACAUUCCACAUCACUAAAUGUGAUGUAUGAAUUUAUUUCUGUGACAUAAAAACAUAUUUUACAAUAAUAAUGUAGAGUAUCGUGCAUUGUUGAUCCAUACCAAAUCAA